GGGACGGCCGCAGACGUUGGCCCCGCCCCCUCCCGCUCCGGCGGGUCCCGCGUCGUGGUCCCGCCUCCACCGCUGGGCAGGCACCUGCUGGGCGCCCAGUGGCUAAAUGGCAGGCAAAAAGCGAGAGAUCCAGCUACAGGCAGUCGUGAAUAGUCAGAGCCUGUGGGAUGAGAUGUUGCAGAACAAAGGCCUAACAGUGAUCGAUGUUUACCAAGCCUGGUGUGGACCUUGCAAAGCAAUGCAACCUUUAUUCAGAAAGCUGAAAAAUGAGCUGAACGAAGAUGAACUUCUGCAUUUUGUUGUAGCAGAAGCUGACAACAUUGUGACUUUACAGCCAUUUAGAGAUAAAUGCGAACCUGUUUUUCUCUUUAGUGUUAAUGGCAAAAUUAUCGCAAGGAUCAAUGGUGCAAAUGCACCACUUGUUAAUAAAAAAAUUACUAACUUGAUAAAUGAGGAGAAGAAAAUUGCAGCAGGUGAAAUGGUUCGUCCUCAGUAUCGUGAAAUUGUGUUUGUAGACUCAGAUGUGGAAGAUGCUGGGGAAGCACACUCUGAAAGUGCUGAACAACUAUACAUUAUUGUUAUUAUCAAACCUGAUGCUGUGAUGACUAGAAAAUCUCUAGAGAUUAAAAAAAAAAUUAUCGAGGCAGGGUACGUCUUGGAAAUUGAGGACAAGAGAGUGCUCACAGAACAACAAGCAAGGGAGUUCUAUAGUCGCAAAGCGGAGGAGCCUGACUUUCAAGAUUUUGUCCUUUUUAUGACAAGUGGAGUAAGCCAUAUUCUAGUUAUAUCUCAAGGAGAUGAAGAACAGCCUGACCUGAAGGAAACUGAACCCGAUCCUGAGAUGGAAGCUAAAGAAGCAGAUGAGGAUCACCAUGAGGAGGUCAGGACUCCAGUAAAAAAGAAGCACGACAGUUUACAGGAAUAUCUGGAAAGACAACAUGUAUCUCAGUUUUGUGAUAUUGAAGAGAAUCUAACUGAUACUAAUCAUUUCAUUGAUAUCUUAUUUCCUGAUUUUAAAAAUAUGAAAAACCUCAAAUUAGAGAAGACCCUGGCAUUCCUUCGACCGAGGCUCUUUCAAGAAAAGAGAGAGCAUGUUUUGAAGAUUAUUGAAGAUGAGGGCUUUAAAAUACUGAUGCAAAGACAAAUUAUAUUAUCAGAAGAAGAAGCACAAACACUGUGCAGAGAAUAUGAAAAUGAGGAUUAUUUUGAAAAUGUUAUAGAACAAAUGACCAGUGGUCCAUCUCUAGCCCUUGUUUUAUUAAGAGACUGUGGUUUACAACACUGGAAAAACUUAAUUGGGCCAAGUAGUGUUGAAAAAGCCAAGGAACAUCUGCCAGAGAGUUUAUGCGUGCGAUUUGCAAUGGAAGAUUUGCCUAUCAACCAGUUGUAUGGAAGUGACUCAUUAGAAGAAGCCGAAAAGGAAAUACAGUAUUUCUUUCCUUCUCAAGAUACUUUAGCACUGAUUAAGCCUCACGUAACACAUGAACAAAGAGAGGAGAUCUUGAAACUUAUUAGAGAGACUGGAUUUGAAAUAACACAGAUGAAGGAAGUAGUCCUAAAUGAAGAAGAAGCAGAAAAAAUUUAUUCAAAGAUAAAAGGAAGAGACUUUUAUCAGGAUGUAUUGCAAAUGUUGUCUGAGGGUCCAUCUUUGGUCAUGGUUCUGACUAAGUGGAAUGCUGUUUCGGACUGGAGACGAUUGAUGGGUCCCAUAGACCCAGAUGAGGCAAAACUACUGUCCCCAGACUCUAUCCGAGCCCAUUUUGGAAGAAGUACUUUGAAAAAUGCUGUCCACGGAUCAUCUACUAUCUAUGAAGCAAUGGAGACCAUUAGUAGAAUGUUUGAAGACUUCAUUCCUGAGAAUCAUGAGGGAAACUAAAGUAUAGUGCCUGUUUAAUUGUUGUUUUCUUUUCUUUGCUUAUUACUGUGGCUAAGCCUGAGCCCAGGACAAGACUGUCCCAGAAAGGCCAGAACUUUCCCUAUAUCUAUAUCUGUGAAUCUAACUUUAUUUCCUGCCAGACACUCUGUGCUGUUCCAUAGCAGCCUUGAAGCUACAUAAUAUGUAUAUGGAUUGAGUUUACUUAACUGUUGAUAGAAAGUUUGGAAACUUUUCUGUCCUGGGCAAUGUGGGAGACAGAGCAUAAGCUAGAUGACUUUUCCCAUCAAACCUACUUUCCUUCCUUAUUUUCAAAGAUCAGGCUCACAAAUGUGCACCUGUAUGGUAUAUGGCUGACUGGAAUAGAGCCUCUUCACAUGUGGAGUGUUGUCCCCACCUGGAUGAACCAAACUGAGAAUCAGUAUCCAGAGAAUAAUGAGAAAGCAAUAUUAAAUGGGGAAACCACUCUACAUCCAACCAGGUUCCCAGAGGAGACAAGAGUACCUUGUUCCCUUAAUAUUGUCACUUAGGCUAUGAUUUCUCCAGGUAUAAGAACAUUGUGCCAAAAUAUUAGGUGCAUAAAAUAAAGAUAAAUUUGGGCAUAGUGCAGCUCAUUUCAUAAGUCUCACUCAAUUAUAGACCAAAGCAUGAGUGCAAAACCAAUAAACAUUUAUGUUGGGAAA